UUGGACUUUGAAACCCAAGAGUCCUUCCGCAAGACCAGUGACAUACUCAGAGCUGUGACGAACUUAGACAAGCGCAUAGUUGUGAUCCAGUCUAACUUGAGUCAGCAGAAGCAAGAAGGUGCAGAAAACAUCUUAUCUCACCUAAGAGUGGACCUUACUGGAGUAAAAUCUAGUGUGGAAACACUCAAACUUCAAUUGGAUGAAAUGCGCAGAGUCAUCGAAAAGUCCGAAAAUAACACCAAGGAGGUUCUGGAGACCGGCCAAAACCCUGUUACGCCUGGAGUCACCACCAUCCCACCCCUCACAGGAAAUAAAUAA